AUGCCAGCCCGCUCUUUGAAAUCUGCGUCUACUCACGGUACUCUGAGCGGUACUCUGUCUGCCGAGUCCUCGUUUCGCUGGGAUUCGGAGUCGAUGCCAUUGCCUACCUCGACUGCAUCGUUUCUGCCUUCUCGCGACACACGCGACCACUACGACAAUAUCCUGAAAAACGCCUUCGACGGAGCCGAUAAAGAUAUCCUCGCACAUCAUCGUCGAGUCAAGGAGCUCGACAAGCGCCACGUUACGCCGUCUCGCAUGAACAAGAUCAUGGAUUGCGGGCAUAUAUACGACCCUGUGCACCAUGCCGCACCACUCUGGGAAGAGUUCGAUCGCGCGCAGGCUGCGAUCCUCGAGAUCGAUGGUCGCGGACUCGGUCUUCUCUCGGGGUCGUUCGAAGGCGCCGAGGACUGGUUCGGCGGGCGUAUCCAGAUUAUCCGCUCAUACGCGUUUGCACGAGAACUGGGAUCGCGUCGGCUUCUCGUACUCAAGACUGCACCGCCUCCGCCGGUAGACGCCACGCAGAAGCGCAAGCACUACGAGCCGCCGCUCGAGCUGUUCGCGAGGAAGUUCGUAGGACUACGAGCGGGAUCCUAUGAUAAUGCCGGAUAUGGGAGACGGACUGCGGCAGCCCUUCUGGAAGUUCAUCAAGAAGCACAACCCUUUGGCGCUUAA